UCCCGGUCCACCCUGUCAAGAUCCCAUUCCCUCUUCUUCUCCUCCGGAGAUUCUUUUAUCUUGAGGUGCCGACCCCUCGGCAAUGGCAACCAUGGAGAGCCUCAUCGGCCUCGAGAAUCGGAUACAGAGGGCCUGGGCCGUCGUGAGCGUCUCCGGCGGUGAGGGAGGAUCCCUCUGGGAAGCCCUUCCGUCCGUCGUCGUCGUCGUCGUCGUCGCAGGGCAGUUCGCUCCUUCCUUGAUAUCUUGGCCGUUCUUGGUGAGCUCGUGGAAAUCGUCGGUGUUGGAGAGCAUCAUCGGGAGGGACUCCUUACCUCGAGGAUCUGGUAUUGUGACGGGGAGCCCGUUGGUGUUGCAGCUUCAGGAGAUGGAGGAUGGCCAGGCAGAGUACACAGAGUUCCUUCAUGCCCCGAGAAAGAAGUCCGCUGAUCUUGAAAAUUCUUGAUGACAUCAGCCUCAGGGAAUCCUUGGUAUCAGCAGCCGUAGGUUUGAAGAUGUGAGCCACGAGCAUAGGCUUGUUCUUGAGCAUGCAGUAAACAGCUGGCAACAUGUGGGAGUGAAGGAGCUUCAGUUUGUCUACUUUGGGCUCUUAAUGGGUGCAGAGGUUGGAUGGAGUAACACACAACCCUUCAAGAAAAAUGUUGUUAAGACUUCAUAUAUGAGGGAUUUUAGGGGGAGUAGGAAUGACUACAUACUCUUACUGGCAAUGCAGAGAAAUUCUGCGGGUCUUAUUUUUCUUGUUUUUCUAUUUUUAACUUUCCUUUCUUCUUCAGCUGAGGCAGUGCAUCAAGGAUUAUUUGAUUUCUUUAGACGUGGAUGGUUUAUGUAAUAUGAAGGAAGGAGAGCUGGUUGAAAUUCCUUCCCAUUCUUUGUGACUGCAAAAACUAACUACCAUGGAAUACACAUCAUGAAGAGCAUGAAACUGCAUGCCACUGUUCAUUUUUGAUAUUAUUAUAUUUUCCUUGCUCA